AGGACACUGAAGUGCUCAGUCCUCUGUCAGGAGCUGCUUGUGAAAUCUACAGAUGCCUUGCACCUUUAUCGCUUAAGAUCAAAAUAGCUGGUGGUGGGAAAAAAAACAACAAAAAAACACAUUUUUCCAUUUCUCUGGAGGAUGUGAUUGUGUUUUCCCAUUAGGACCAAAGCCCACCGCUGCUGUUUUGUAAUUAAAAAUGGAAAACCUCACGCCGGAACAAUGGCGGGAGAUAAUGAGCAAGAAGAUGCAGUUCCCUCCGCAGCUCAUCGGAGCCAUUCAGGAAGGCAAAAUAGAGCUAAUGAGUGGACUGCUGCAGACCGGUGAUGGCAUCAUCCGUCAGCUGGAUGAAUCUGAAGACCGGCAGUGGAGGGAGGCCCUGAACCUGUCCAUCCGCCUGGGCAACGAGGACGCCAUCGACGCCCUCAUGCAGGGGGUCAAGUUCGACUUCCGACAAAUUCACGAGGCUCUGCUGGUUGCCGUGGACACCAACCAACCCAGAGUGGUGAAGCGUCUGCUGGACCGCCUCGACCAAGAGAAAGGCAACAAGAUGGACGUGCACUCCUUUUCUCAGGCCAUCUUUGACCACUCUAUUGACAACUCCCAGUUUGCCCCCGGCGUGACGCCUCUGACCUUAGCCUGCCAGAAGGACCUGUAUGAAAUAGUGGCCAUGCUCUCCCAGAAAGGUCACAUUAUCCCAUGGCCACAUAAGAUAUCCUGCACCUGCCUGGAGUGUCGAAAUGGGCGGCAGUACGACUUGCUGAAGUUCUCCUUGUCUCGUAUCAACACCUACCGUGGCAUCGCCAGUCGAGCCUACUUGUCCGUCACCUCUGAGGACGCCAUGCUCAGUGCUUUCAGUCUCAGCAGAGAGCUCCGCAAGCUCUCGCAGAAAGAGCCAGAGUUCAAGCCGCAGUACCUGGGCCUGGAGGAGCUCUGCCAGGAGUUUGCUGUGGAGUUGCUGGGCAUGUGUCGCAACCAGAGCGAGGUGACCACCAUCCUCAACAGCUGUGGAAACGACAGCCAGGACGACAUGGACGAGCAGGCCUUCGAGGAGGGAAUUCCCAACCUUUCGCGGCUGCGACUCGCCGUCAACUACAACCAGAAGCAGUUUGUGGCGCAUCCAAUCUGCCAGCAGGUACUUUCAUCCAUCUGGUGUGGACACCUGUCGGGCUGGAGAGGCAGCAGGACCAUCUGGAAGCUGUUUGUCUCUGUAGGCAUCUUUGUCACCAUGCCCCUCCUCUGCCUUAUCUACUGGAUUGCACCAAAGUCAAAGUUAGGAAAGAUCCUGAGGAUUCCUGUGAUCAAGUUUCUUCUUCACUCUGCCUCUUAUCUGUGGUUUCUCAUCACAUUACUCGGAGAAUCCAUCACGAUGGAGUUGUACCGAGACAAAUUUGCCUCCCGACAUCAGAACAUCCUUCACAGCUCUUUCCACAUGGUGUGGGUGGUUGGAUUCUUCUGGUAUGAGUGUAAGGAAGUGUGGAUCGAGGGGCUGCGGAGUUACUUCCUGGACUGGUGGAACUGCUUGGACAUGAUGGUGCUCAGCAUGUACCUGGCGUCGUUUGCGCUGCGCGUGCUCAUCGUGCUUAAGGGUUACAUCCUCUGCCACGACCACACUGGCAACGCCGAGUGCGUUUACUUCACGCAGACUGUGCGUAAAGACUGGCAUCAGGAGGACCCUCAGCUGAUUGCAGAGGUGCUGUUUGCGGUGACCAGCAUGCUGAGCUUCACACGGCUGGCGUAUAUCCUUCCAGCCCACGAGUCGCUAGGAACCCUGCAGAUCUCUAUUGGGAAGAUGAUCGAUGACAUGAUGAGAUUCAUGUUUAUAUUGAUGAUCAUCGGAACAGCCUUCCUCUGUGGCAUCAACAACGUCUAUGUGCCCUACGUCAUCUCUCCACAUCUGGGCAGGUUUAAUGAGACGUUCCACUUCCUCUUCUGGACCAUGUUUGGUGUGGCCAACCAGGACUACGUGGACAUGCCCCAGUUUGUGUUAGCCGAGUUCGUGGGACGCAUCCUGUACGGCAUCUUCACGCUCGUCAUCGUCAUCGUGCUGCUCAACAUGCUCAUCGCUAUGAUCACCAACUCCUUCCAGAAAAUCGAGGAUGACGCAGAUGUUGAGUGGAAAUUCGCUCGGUCAAAGCUGUACCUCAGUUACUUCAGAGAGGGCCUCACCAUGCCUGUGCCCUUCAACAUCAUCCCCUCGCCCAAAGCUUUCUUUUACGUCAUGAGGGGAAUCUUCAGGCGAAUCUGCUGCUGCUGCGCAUUAAAUUCCGAGGAGAAAUAUCCACCUUUAGCCUCGAUGCAUGAUAAAGGAGGUGAGGACGCCCAGUUACCUUACCGGCAGCAGGUCAUCCGGGCUCUGGUGCAGCGCUACAUUGAGUCAGCUCGCAGGGAGUUUGAGGAGACCAAGAGGAAAGACAUUGGAAAUCGCAUCACUGAGCUGAGCAAAGCCGUCAGCAGGAUGCACAACGAUAUGAAAGUGAUCCAGCAGUGUCUGGUGGACGACGAACACAUGGGCAAUGAUGCGUUGAGAAUGGAUGGCUCCUCCAUACUGGGGAAAUACAUCAUUGGUGCCAAGAACAACUUCAGAGGCUUUCACAGCAGUCAUGAGGACAAGAACGCAUCACUUCACGUGACAGUGCACCAGGAAGAGGUGGAUAAAGGUGAAGCUGACUCGCAUACAAAACAGGAGGCAGGUACACAGGAGAACCCGGCAAGUACACAGGAGAACCCGGCAAGUACACAGGAGAAUCCGGAAAGUACACAGGAGAAUCCGGCAAGUACACAGGAGAAUCUGGCAAGUACACAGGAGAAUCCGGAAAGUACACAGGAGAAUCCGGCAAGUACACAGGAGAAUCUGGCAAGUACACAGGAGAAUCCGGCAAGUACACAGGAGAAUCCGGAAAGUACACAGGAGAAUCCGGCAAGUACACAGGAGAAUCCGGCAAGUACACAGCAGAAUCCGGCAAGUACACAGCAGAAUCCGGCGGGUACAUGUGAAGCAGAGGAGACAAAGAAGUUAACAGACUGUGAUGUGGUGAAUAUGGAGGAAGGCAGAGCUAAAGCAGAGACAGGAGAAGAGAAACAGACUGAGAAAAAAGCGGAAUUGAAGGUUGAAGCAGAAAAUAAAGGAGAUAAAGUUAAAGAGGAGGGAGCAGCGGGAGCAAGUGUCAGUAAUGAAAAGGUGAAAGGUGAGGCUUCACAGGAUGAGAAGGAGAAAGUUGGUCAAGUACAGAAACAGUCAGGAACCACAAAGCAGGUGGCGAAAGCUACGGAGCGAGCUGACGACGUCCAGCUCAACAACGAAAAGACAAACGCGAAGCGAUUGGAGAACAAGUUCAAAGACAUAGAGCUGCAAGAAAAGAAAGCCGAGCCCAAGUGGAUGAAGGGAAGAAAGCAUGAGCGUGACGCGGCAAACACGCGUGGCGACGCUGAGAUUAACAAGAAAUCCGGCAACAAGAUAAUUCCCUCGCCAACGGGCAGCAGCAGCUCCCAGGACACAGGAUUUGGUUCCCAAGAGGGGGAGGGAUCGAUUGAUGGCACACGAGUGAGACCGUGACCUCUGCCACGUGCAUUUUAAAAGGUCAAACUUAGGCUCUUUUGGUCACCGUGUCCAAUAUUUGAGAAGAGAGUUUUUUUUUUUUUUGUUGGUCAUGUGCGACUUUAGACGGCUUCAAUCUGUUAGUGAUGGAGCUAAAGAUUCAAAGCUACAUAUGUCAACAGCUAUAGACCAAAUUGUAGACUACAUUUGAAGUCCUUGCCAAGGUACCUUGAAAAAUACAUGACCGCAAAUAAAAUGCCAUUUACUGCCUUCAUUUUAGGGACAGUUGACAGGUUUAGAAAAACAAUAUUGAAGUAAAAGGUCCUCAUUUGGGGAACAUAGUGUAGCUCAGCACAUUCACCACCAGUAAAAUGUUAUUAUUUGUUUUUUUCUCCAGUUUAAUAACUAACAUUUCCCCUCAGAAAAAGUCUUUUUCUGUCUAAUUUCACGAGGAAACUGAAGCAGAAAAGCCUCCAAACUAGAAGUGUUUUUCAUGACGUCAAAUUGAACCUGGAUUUUGAAAAACCAAAAUUACCUGGGGGGGGGGGAAACUUUCCCUUACACCAAACUUUCCCCCGAAAGAGUCAACAGUUACAGUAGCUGCUCAUUCACCACAUGCAGUCUUACUCUGGGUUUGUUUUCACUGAAAUUAGCCGUGUCCAAUUUCCGUUUGGCAGUAAACGUGGGCUUUCUGCAGGAAUGAAAUACUUUACAGUCACAUGUCUGUGUCCGUGUGUGGGAGAAUGAGGUCAUCUGUCGCACAAGUUCAUUUUCUUUUCAGUGCACCGACACCUGGAGCCACAGUGUGACAGCGCAGGUCUCAGCUUGCGUUCCACCCACUGCUCCCACGAGGUCGCACGCAUGAACUCACCACUUCAUUAAUUAAUCGUCUGCAGCCUCUCGGCGCCCAAAGGCGCUCACUGCAACACCGAGACAGCUCGGCUGGAAAAACACCUCACUCUUUGUUACACAAUCACUUCACUAGUGUCAUCACUCUUUACACUUUUCUUUUUAAAUGUCAUGAGACUGUUGGAUUUUUUUUUGUUUCUUCAAUAGUUAAAAAAGUGUAACGCGACUCACUUGCACAAAUCAUUUCAUGUCACACAGGUGGUUUUCUGUCACCAGACAAUAACCACCUGUGUUACAGCAGCUGUUUGCACGACGUCCCUAAAGACUCCAUCUUAUUUCCGAGAAAACAAGAGACACACAUCAGCGUACGGACACUUACUCAUUCUUAUCUGGCAUAAAUCAUCUCUGUGAAUUGAAUUAAACCUAAACUAAAUGCCAAUCCAAUGUGUUUUUUAGUUUGCUUUUUAAAUGCUGUUUCAUUUUCUUUUUGUGUAAUUAUCAAAUCUUCAUUUAAUUGUAAUUUUUUAAUUAUACGUACACCCAAGGACACUUAUAAUAAAAUAGCAAAAGUAAAAGUAAAAAAAAACAAGUUUGGAUUUCAACAGUCAAUGUUUUCAAUUCCUAUUCCUGCUUUCAUGUCUUAGUUGUAUAUAUUAGGAAAUAGAAAUUGUGGGUAAGAUUGAUUUAUUGAAACUUUCAGGACAAAUAAACCGUGUGUCACUGUUACCCUACCAUCCAUCACUCUUUCACCUGUCAUUUCAUCACCUCACACGGACGAUGUUAACAGCACUUGUCAACAGAGCCUCUGUUUAAUGUGUUCACGUCAUUUUUACAUUGUUAACAGGUGAAAACUGUGGACGAGUCAAAGUGGCAACAUUCAAUCAAUAAAUACACCAUUAAAUAAUGA